AUGAGCACAGGCCGCUUCUCGAGGAAGGAGAUGGAAGCGCUGUGCGGAGGAGGUAACACAUCGAUCACGAGAGUCAAGCGAGCCAUGUUGGAGUUAGCAAGAAGAAUGAACCUCAAGCUGGUCAGCGUCGAGGCCGAGGAGGAUCGUGACACGCUCAGCUGGGAUGGGAGCCUGAUAGCUCUCUCCCUGGCGACCAAGGCAGAGGCUCGACGCUUGAUGGAAGACAUGCCCUUCUACUUGGAAGGGAUCCUGGAAGUCAAGCUGGAAGCGGUGGGGUUCAAACCCACUGUCAGCUCUCAGGAGGAAGAAGAGAGCGAGGAGCAAGCCCAAGAGCCCCAAGGGCAGCAGCAAGGCGCUGGAUGGCUGGAGCUCAGCGACAUCGACAGGAUUACUAUGGAAGCAGCGUCGCCGUCAGGGCCAGUCGAUCAACAGGUCUUGCUCGACCUCUCGACGAUGCUCUUGGAGACAUCAGAGGAGGAGCUGCUAGCUGGCAAGCCGAUCUCGCUGGAGCUAGACAAGAGUGUUGGCAAGCUGCAUGACACCUUCUGCUCGCCGGGCAACGUGGAGUUCAUGACGCUCGGAGCUUGGGCAGCCACGCCGACGCUGGGAUCGAAGCGAAACAUGUUGAAAGAAAAGCUCAGAGCGUACCUCGGCGAGCAGCGCUGGACACGGGUGCAAGGGAACAAGGCAGCGAGGAGGGGCAGCGCCUUCUCUCCAAGGGCAGCAGCGACUGAUGCGCUCGAGCAGGAGGCUGAGAGCGAUGACAUCGAGAGUCGAUCUGUAAGCCUCUUGUUUCUUGCGAUCAGUAAAUUUGCUGAGCACCAUGGGUUGAGCUGCACGGGCAAGGUCGACAAGCAAGACCGACUGCGGCUGAUGAUGAGGGAGGAAGUCGACAUGGAGGCGGAGGAGGGCGAGGGCGUGGAGGAGGAGGCCGGUGCAGGCCCCUCGCGCGCUUGA